AUGUCAAUCCCCAUGCAAACCCUAUUGAGCCUAUUGGAUGUGAAAUCUAUCAAUACAAACAUUCUACUGGAGAAGGGAGCCAGGCUCGCAGCUUUGACUGUCACUUUUGCUCUCUUUAUACCAGUCCUGAAUUACUUCAGAGAUCCAAAAGGGCUGCGGCAGUAUCCCGCUGCUGGGCCAUUCGGACUCGCCGCUUUAACACCUUUAUGGGUCACGUACUAUAGUUUCCUAGGUAUACGAUGGACGAAAAUCGAGGAAGCACACGCGAGACUUGGAAGUGUUGUCAGGAUUUCACCAAACCAUCUUUCCUUCAGUGACCCGCACGCCUACAAAGAAAUCUACGGGCAUAGGGCAAAGAUUGUGAAAGACGUAUUCUACAGCAAUAUGGCCGGCGACACCCCGAAUAUGGCCGAUACGGUCGACCCAGCAGAUCACGCGAGAAAACGGAAGUACUUCGCUAAUAUAUUUUCCGCCAAGAAUGUCGGAAUGCUGGAGCCUCGCGUACAAGAAUGUACCCAGAAGCUUUUGGACUGCCUGAAGGUCAAGUCAAAGGGCCUGAAAGUAGCAGGUACAGAUCGAUUUGAAGUUGGUCCGGAUGGAAGCUUUGAUGUCCGACCUUGGCUCAACAUGUUCACUUAUGACGCCAUCAGCUCUAUGAUGUGGUCUAGCAGCUUCGGAUUUCUAGACCGCGGGGAUGAUAUGUGUGUGGCAGAAGCUCCCGAUGGAAAAACAAGAAUUGUUCGUGCCAUGGAAACCUUCCAACGCAGCGUGUGGUUUGCAGUUUUCUCAGCACACCUGCCCCGUUUCGCUUAUAAUGCCAUACACCUCCUAGCUAGUAGUACCAAAUGGGGCAAGGCCGGGGCUGAUUUUAGCAAUAUAGCCCGAUUCAAGACAAACGAACGUAUGAAGAAUUUCCCUGAGGAGCCUGAUAUUUUCUCUCAAUUUCCACUGCGAAAGGAUGAGAAAGGUCGCCCGCCUCUGCCAAUGUGGGAGAUCGUCGCCGAGAGUACCGUGAUGAUGAAUGCAGGAAAUGACACCACACAAACCACUCUGGCGAAUAACAUCAUGAUUCUGGCAACAAAUCCCAAAGUCCAAAACAAGCUACGCACGAUACUGCUUGCUGACGUUCCACCAAACGAGCAGCCUGUUGCAUCAUACUCAACACUAAGUCAAAUUUCUUUCUUGAGAGCUGUGAUCGACGAGACCUUCCGUGUUUUUACACCUCAAAAGUUCGGGUUACCCCGUCGGACACUUAUGAACUCCAACAUCGUUGGCAACCAGAUUGCGCCUGAAGUUACCGUUUCCUCUCCGUUAAGCGAGCUACACUUCAACCCUGAUCUGUUCUCCAAGCCGCACGAGUGGAUUCCCGAGCGAUGGCUGGCAGAUAAUCCAGACUUUACAUCCGAAGAAAGGCAGAAUUUGAAGGAUUUUGUCCUGCCAUUCACUGCGGGCACCAGAGCAUGCAUUGGAAGGAAUCUCGCAUAUAUGGAGGUCAGCAUUGCCCUGGCUGCUCUGGUUAUGGCUUUCGAGUGGAAAAUGGCCGAUGGACCUUUUGAAGAAAACUUUGGACAGUUUGAGCGCAUUACGUCCAACCCAACAAAGCUGAAUGUGAAAGCAAUUCCUCUUGUGUAG